GGUGGACUUGACUUACUAGUCAAGUCUUUUUUGUUCUUCUUUCUAGAAUUGUAGAAUUUAAAUGGACCAUAAAUGCUUUCCGUGGAAAAUUCAAGUUGGAAAUUGGAUUUUCUGGAAAUUUUUAACUCCAUAUACUUGGUUGACUUGACUUGAGUUGACCUCCUUGUCAAGUUCUUUUGAUGUUCUUUCUACACGCCGAAUUUCAUUCAUACAUAUGAAUGCUUUCUGUGGAAAAUUCAAGUUGGAAAUUUAAAUUGGAGUCUUCGAAGAAAUUUCCUAAUGCUUGAUGUGGUAGAAAACAUUUUUCUUUAACUUUAUAUAUUAGGUGUUGGUAGCAAUGAUCAGUACGCAACCAUGAAAGCAGUUACAAUUUCCUUGUUUGGGUUUCUUCUUGUCAUCGCAGCCGCUAUUAUUAGCUUUUGUGAUGGGAAUUCCAAAGUGCUUUGCAUUGGAAGUGAGGGGCAAGCCCUUUUGACGUUCAAGCAAGACCUCAUUGAUCGAUCAAACAGGCUAUCUUCUUGGGUUGAAGGUGAGGAUUGCUGUGAAUGGCAUGGUGUUUUCUGCAAUAUCCUGACUGGCCAUGUUAAAGAGCUGCAUUUGGGGCUUCUUUCAACUAGUCCUGAUGCUUAUGCACCGGCUGCUGAAUGGGAUGCUUACUUUCGAUCAAAGUUAGGAGGCAAAAUAAAUCCAUCUUUGGUCGAUUUGAAACAUCUCAGUUUCCUAGACUUAAGUAAUAAUGAAUUUGGAGGCCUGGCAAUUCCCGAAUUCAUUGGUUCGAUGAAGAGUUUGACGUAUCUUAACCUCUCUUGGGCAAAUUUCGUAGGAGCAAUUCCCCAUAAUCUUGGAAAUCUCUCAAAACUGCAUUAUCUUGAUCUUGGAAUCAAUUCCUUAUUUGAAGCUAAAACUCUUCAAUGGGUUUCUGGUCUUUCAUCUCUGCAGUAUCUUGGUUUGAGCCUUGCAAAUCUUAGUAAAGCAACUGAUUGGCUGCAGGCAACACACAAUCUUCCUUCUUUGGUGGAGUUACACUUGUCAGGAUGCUCUCUAAAUAAUGGUCCAUCUCCAAUCAGUGUUAAUUACACAUCUCUUGCUGUUCUUGAUCUUUCUCAAAACAUGUUGUCUUCGGUGACAUGGAUAUUCAAUCUUCGUAGUCUUGUGUCCAUUGAUCUUAGCUCUAGUGGAGUUGAAGGUAUGAUUCCCAGUGGCUUUCAAAACAUGUCUUCUCUCAAAUUUCUUGAUCUUAGUUGGAAUUCAUUCUCUUCAUCAUCGACACUCAACUGGUUGUCUGAUUUAAACCAACUUCAAUUCCUUAGUCUUAACAGUGUCGGCCUGCAAGGUAAUUUUUCAAGUGCCAUUGGAAACUUAAGCUCUCUUACUCAUCUUGAUUUUUCAAAUAACCAGCUUGAGAUUGAACCCAAAUAUUUGGAAAGUCUUUGCAAUAUGAGGGAGAUGGAUUUGUCAAAUAAUACAAUUAAUCAUGAGGUCUCAGAAAUCAUAGAGAGUUUGUCUAGAUGUAGUUUGGAUCGAUUAGAGUCAUUAAAUAUUGCAUCUAACAAACUUUCUGGCAAUUUCCCUGAUCAACUUGGCCAAUUUAAAAAUUUGGCAUACCUUUCCCUUUUACCGAAACUCCAUUUCUGGUCCCAUUCCAUUCUCAAUAGGGGAGUUGUCAUCAUUGAAAGACAACUUGGGAAUUUGGAACAUUUAGACGUUAGCAAUAAUAUGUUGGAAGGAAAUAUAUCAGAAACGCACUUUUCUAAUCUCACGAUAUUGAGAUCUUUUUGGGCAUCUAACAACAUGUUAACGUUUAUACCAAACCCAAGUUGGAUUCCUCCUUUUCACUGUGAAGGUAUUGGACUAGGUAACUGGCGUCUUGGUCGGCAAUUUCCUCAGUGGCUACAAUUCCAAAGGAACAUGUAUAGUUUAGAUAUCUCCCAUGCUGGAAUUUCAGGUCCAUUGCCACAGGCAAUAUUCUCAGAUUUGGGGGAUUUAUUUUUGUCCAAGAACUUUUUUUCAGGAUCACUUUUUAAUUUUCUUUGUAAUUCCUCAAAUAACCUGAAAGUUUUGAACAUUCUUCACGUUGAAUCAAAUCUUCUGUCAGGUGAAAUUCCAGAUUGUUGGGAAAAUAUGCCAAUGUUGGAAGUCCUAAAUUUAGGAAACAACAGUCUAACUGGGAAAAUUCCUAGAUCCUUGGGAUCUAUGCGUCUUAUUGAGUCAUUAAGCCUUCGUAACAAUAACCUGUUUGGAGAAGUACCAUCCAUAUUGCAGCAUUUAGUUAAUAUGCUUGUUCUUGAUCUUAGUGAAAAUCAAUUGACGGGAAGUAUUCCAGCAUGGAUUGGAGACAAGCUCUCAAACCUUGAGCUAUUCCAAAAUGUUUUAGUAACCUAA